GCAUGAGUGUUCCAAAAAUCAACUAAUUACAAUUUUGGAAAUCAGUUAAUGAUAUACGUUAUGGUGAUAUCAAAGUUUAUAAAUUAAAUGAUGGUCAUGCAGUUGCUGUAAAAGAUCACAACUUUCAAGAUGAUGAAUAAUGGCAUGUCUUUAGAUAACAAGCAGAAUAAUAAAUGUAAUCAAGAUAGAAAGAUCCAUUCUUAAUUGAAAUGUUGGAUUUAUAAUUUAUCACAGAAAAAGAAUUAUGCACUCAAAUGACAUAAGCACAUAGUGUAUAUGAGUAUUUUGAUGAAUACUUGGAAAGAUUAAUUGUAGAACAAGCUGUAUCUAAAUAACAUUUUGAAGAAAUAGAAAUAGCAGCCAUGCUUCAUUGUACUGUAUUAUCUUUAUUUAUUUCAUUCUUAGUUGAUAGCUAUUUAAAAAUUGAAUAUUCAAUAGAGAUCUCAUGGAGACAUAAGACCACUUACAAUUAGUGUUACAUCAUUUGUUAAAAAUUGUCCAAUUAGAUAAAAUGAACCAUACCCAAUUUAUAAAUUAACUGAUAUUCAAUAAUUAACAGACUUGAAUGCAUUCAAAAGAUGUGUUACUAAAUAAAUGGGAAACUAUAAUUUAAGUCCUGAAUAAUUACAAUUUCUCAAAUAAAAAGUACUUAGACCUACUUAUGAUAUGAAUAAAUCAGAUGUGUUUAGUAUUGGUUUAACUGCUUUAUAGAUGGCAACACUAAAAAGUAUAAAUGAUAUUUAUGAUUAUCCUCAUUAUCUAAUUAAUACAGAGAAAUUAGAUAGUUACAUAAGAGAAAUGAAAACACUUUAUAGUGAACAAUUGUGUUCUAUAGUGUGUUAAUUAUUAUAAUUAGCCCCUGAAACUAGACCAAAUUCAAGACAAGCCAAUGAUCUGUUAAUUGGUUACAGAUUUCAACUUGAAGAUUAUUUCAGAGUAUUUUUGUUAAUCCUAUUAAGUAAUCAACUAUUUAAGAAAGUUUACCUAAUUAUUCUAUUGAUUUUAGAUAAUAAAAUAAUGAUCAAAAAGUUGAAUAAUAAGUGAUUAGUAGAGUUGUAGAUACUACUGAUGUGUAUGAAUAAUUAGAACUACUAGAAUAGAGAACUAAAAUAGCACUUUAAAGAAGUUAGGAUGCUUAAAAUAAAUGUUAAAAAACACCAGGAAAAUAAUUAGACUAAACAAGAAGUUGUUAAUUAUAUAAUAAUCUAACUCCAAUUACUUAAUAAGAACUUUAAUUAUAAUUAAGUGAUUAUAAACAAGAUAAUUUCAAUCAACAAUCUUCUUACUAAAAUAAACAUUCCAAUUAUUAAAAAUAAGAGAUUAAUCAAUUUUUAAUUUAAGAUCAUGAACAUUAUGAAUAUAAUUAAUAAGAAAUAGAAGAUAAACCUAAGUUAAGUGUAGUGGAAUAAUUUACUCCUUCAAAUCUAAAAACUAUAGAACAAAGACCCAAUAUUUAUAAUCCAACCACACUUUCAUAAUAAUAAUUAUUUGAAUCUAUUAAUACUGAUUAAACUAAAUCAUAUUAAUAAUAGUAAUAUUCUUAAUAAUAUCAAAACAUUCAAUCAAAAUAUCAACCAUAACCUAGAUAAUCUUAACUUCUCAGAGAUUAAGAAUUGACUAAAUAAUUGACUGGAUAAUAGGGAAAUCUAUUAAACUUAGAAUAAGAAUAUCAUUAAUAAUCUCCUUAUUCCUCUAAAUAAGAUAUCCAUUAAUAACUCUAAGAACAUUAUGAUUCUUAACACCAAGUUGGAGUAAGAUUAUCAGGUACCAAAGCAUAAAUGUAGAGACAAUUAACUGGUUCCAUUGUGGAAACUAGAAAAUCAGUUCAUUAAUGA